AUGUCUCUGAAGAGAAAAUUCACGUUCGUUGAUGAUACUGAGUCCAUGAACAUGGAUGCACCGCUCCUCAAACAAAUUAGACUCGUUCCUUUCCCAAACUCUACUACCGAGGAGGAUGUUUGCAUGUCUGACGCUCAGUACGAGGGUCCCUACCACAGCCGGUUUACUUCUACUGUCAGCGACGCGUCUUCUAUAUCGCCCGCCACGUCACCUGCUUUCAGCCAAAACACACUUCCACUGAGUACUACUGACGCAAACCACUUUCCUGAUCAACACUCACCUUCUGCUUCUCCUGUCGGCUUGCUUCAGCCUUCGAGCUCGUUCGCUCAUCACGGCACUUCAUGCAACCAAAUCCCAAAACUCAAAGUCGCAUGCGCAGCUGGUUCGAAUGGCCAGCGUACAAUGUGGAGCUUCUGUGAACAAUGCGGCGCUAUUUCCAUGGUCGACGACGGCUCCAGCUCUUAG